UUGAUAAAUUUCCAUUGCUAUAUGUGUCAGGCAUUUUAAAAACAGCACCAUACAUAGAAAGUAUUCCUUUUCGAAUGGCCACGGAACUGGCAAACAAGAAGGCCGAGCGCGAAGCACUGCGCGGUGUUAUUCAGCAAUGGAACGCCAACAGAUUAGAUCUGUUUGAGCUUUCAGAACCGAACGAGGACUUGGAGUUCCAUGGAGUGAUGAGAUUUUAUUUUCAAGACAGCGGGCAAAAGGUUGCAACGAAAUGUAUUAGAGUGGCAUCGGAUGCAACAAGUCAAGCGGUCAUCGAAACUCUGAUUGAAAAAUUUCGUCCAGAUAUGCGAAUGCUUUCAGUUCCAGAAUAUGCUCUUUACGAAAUUCAUGAAAAUGGUGAAGAGCGUAAGCUUGGGCUCGAAGAAAAACCGCUGUUGGUGCAAUUAAAUUGGCAUAUCGAUGAUCGCGAAGGGCGCUUUUUGUUAAGAAGGAUCGAUGACAAGACUAAUGCUCAAGGCGUUGGUUUUUCUUCGGAUGGAUCUAGCUUUCGCAGAAAAUUAAGUAAACGUGAGAAGAAACAGAUGAAGAAACAAGAAAAGCUAAGUCGCUUAAAGAGUUUAGAACAAGAUGAGAACACUAUACCCGUCGAUCAGAAUGGAGUAGCUGAAAAACUUUACACGGAGUUACCUGAAACAAGCUUUACCAGAAGUAUUUCAAAUCCGGAAGCUGUGAUGAGAAGACGACGUCAACAAAAAUUGGAGAGAAAAUUGCAACAAUUUCGGAGUAAAGACGGUGGUCCCGAUACUGGUGGAACAUUGAAGAUUUAUGGUGAGGCACUUUGCAAAGAUGUUCCGUAUAAAACUUUGCUUUUAAGUGUUCGAGAUUCAGCAGUUCAGGUCGUACGCGAGAUGCUCUCCAAAUAUGGUUUAGAGAAAGUUGAUCCACAGCAAUAUUGUCUCGUGCAGAAAAUUAUUAUGGUGCAUCACAGCAGUUCUGCAUAA